CUUGAAGCUCUGCGAAUGAUCUGAACGCGUCGACGCGCGUAUAACGUGUACCCUGGCCCCCAAGGACCCAAGCCUGGGGGGAGCCCGAUUCGCAUGCCCUAUAUAUAUGGUGCUGUAUAAGAAUGGAGGGUCUAACUGGAUGUGCUAGGGAUGUCACGCGUGCACGGGCCAAAUUUGUUGUAUUUCGUCGAAAUACCACCACGACUGCGUACAGUAGUAGGCUAGAUGCAAUAGUAAGCUGACUGCGCCGAUGCCAGCACCUGACUCUCAGCUCAAGCCUGAUAAAAAUCUACCAUUGCGAUACUAGUAGUUGCUGACAACUGUUAGGAUGUCGUCUUUAUCACAGCUUAAUGCUGAGCAUGCGCAAGUCUCGGAUAUCGUCCGUGGCUUUCACGAGUAUUUCAGUUCCCCGCCCCCAUUUAAAGAAGAACGCUUCGCUCUGCCACAUGGCCUAAUCACUGUUCCUUUCCCACCAGAGAUGGGUGGUCUCAAAACAGAAAGCUUUGAUGACAUGUAUGAGCGCGUUAGUGGAUUGCUCGCCAAACAACAAGAGUCCGGACCAACAGGCUUCAAACAUCAAUUGGCAGAACCACGGGCGGAUGUAUGGGUCUCUCAAAACAUAGCUGCUGUAUUCGUUGGUUGGUCAGCCUCCAUGGAUGGCCGUGGCGAGUUCAUCCACACUGUUCAUCUCUGCACCUUGCACCGUCAAUCUGACGACAUCCUGAGCGACGGAAACCCAUGGCGUAUUUCAGCACUUGUUGAUAUGAAGCAUCUAUCACCUGAGCAGCCGGUGCCGUCAGUCGAGACGGGUCCAGUGUCAGAGAUCAUCGCUCCAUUCCAAGACUUUCUUAAGAGCAUCAAAGCUCAAGACUGGGAGGCCAUUCCCGCCCUGCUGUUGCCUGGUGCAGGGGCUACGAUGUCGAAAGAUGGUCAUGCACCGGAGACAUUCAUGUGGCCGGAACUCAUUGAGCGCCUAAAGCAACAAGCUCAGAAUGAACCUACAAUUGAGAAGCGGCUUCUUGACUGCGAGGCACGGCGUUGUAGCGAUCUGGGCUUCGUUUGGGCACCGUUCGUGCUUCAGGUUGAUGGUAUUGAAAUUGCCCAUGGAGUCAAUGUCUGCUCCUUUAGGUUGGAGGGCGGACGAUGGCUUAUUAGUAGUCUUUGCGAGACGCGCUAUACUAAGUGAAUAAAUAGU